GCAUGAAUGUUUGGUCCAGCAUCACCCUGACAGUGCAUGUACAGGUCUAUACUCUCUCCACUGUUCCCAUCCACAGGGUGCUGCAGUCUGGAGAGCAGGAGUAACAAUGCUGCGGACAUGGGAGGCAGCAGGUCCCAGGCUGGCACACAGGCAGUCGGCAUGUCUGGCACACACUGAGGGCAGCCCUUCUGCUCUCCUCUUCCUCCAGCUCUUAGUUUUACUGUGCUAUUAAGUUAUUGCCACCACUUAGGGACAAGCCUGCAAGAAGGUAGAGGGCUCACAUAUCAGUAAAGGAAGCAGCUCAAUUAGCAUUUCACACGCCUUUUCUUCCCUCUCUUCUUACCUUCCCUGCAGCAGGCAUGCUUUCCCCUUAAAGGAUUGUCCUGUUUCUGCUCCUUGCCAGCGUUGGCAGGGUGACAGUAGUCGAGUGUGCAAACUUGUGCUAUUGUCCCCAGGCCAGGGGGAGUCAUGGAGACCCACUAAUAUGACACAGGAAAAUGUUUGCUGAUGGCAAUUCUAUGGGCUUUGUCUAACUCUUUCUCCAUCAUGACGACUCGAUUUAAGUCUCUAACUGUUUGACUACAGAUGCAAGAGUACUAUCCAACUCCAUCCUUUUGUCCGGGUAGUUUGAAUGGGUAAUUCAGCUUUUGUGUAACUCAAUUGAGGGGGCAAACAUAAAGACAAGAUUCUUGAGCGCUCAAGCUCCCUUUCCAUGGAUAUCUGCACAUCUCUUUAGAGAUUUGUUCCUUCCCUACCUUUUUCUGACAUCAUCCUCCCCUUGAAAAAAAAAAAAAGGCUGUGAUGGGGAGCAGUUAAAAGUAGGCUAGCCCGGUCCCCCGUAUUACAUUGUCCUGUGCCAAUGAAGCAUGGUUAGUAUCAGCCCCCAGACAGCUUUGGGGAGUGCAGAGAAAAGGGUGCCUAAACUUUCCUAACUCAUCCUCAACAUUUUCCCUUUGGAUUGUGUCAUUUUUUAAAAAGAAAGGCCUCAGUAAGGGUGAAGAGGAUAGGGAGAAUGGUAGAAACCGCAGGGAAAUGAUUGUAUUUAUUAGCUGUCUUUCUGUGGCUGUCCCCAUGGUGACAAUUUGUGAUGGCAAAGAAUGCGAGGAGGGGAGGCUGAUGCCUGAUUGGGAUGCUUUGUAUUUGGCAAAGUGGCUUCUGAUUGGCCUGGGAGAGCCCCGAACUCGACGGAGUCGAUAUUCAUUCAGCUUGCUCAAGUGCUUGCUAAACUGCAUCCAAACACUGGCAGGCCCUGGCUGCCUCUGCCGAGGUUGGCAGUGGGUAACCUGCCUAACGAGAUUAGUGGGAAAGGGGAAGGGGCUCUUCUCUGCAGCGACACCGCAGCUGCCAGCACCGGUGAGAAAAGCCGCUGCGCGCCGGGUUUGCCAAGGUUUGCCUGAAGGUCAGUUAUAAACGUUUCAUGGGAAGCUUUACACGGCACAUGCAGUGAGAUGGCAUCAGACAGCGAGGUUAAAACCCUACUGAACUUUGUCAACCUGGCCUCCAGUGACAUCAAAGCGGCUCUGGAUAAAUCGGCUCCCUGUCGCCGGUCAGUUGACCACAGGAAAUACUUGCAGAAGCAGCUCAAGCGAUUUUCUCAGAAGUACUCCCGGAUCCCACGGUGCCACUCCAGCAAAUCCACUGAGUGCGGCUGGCGCAGGGGGGCAGAGGACCGGGGCCGUGGACCUCCACCCGAGGCACCUGACCCCAGCCCCCACGGUGGGGCUGCUGCAGAGAGGGUGCUGCAGACAUCAGGGAUGGAGGACAACCUUGCUAAAGAACGGGUUUUGCAGGAGCAAAACCCUGAAGCCACCAGACCAGACCAGGUGCCCAUGAGGAAGCGACAGCUCCCUGCCUCCUUCUGGGAAGAGCCACAGCCAUCCCAGAUCCUGCUGGCCAGGGCCUGUCCCACCAGUCCCGAGGGGCUCCCGGCCCCCAGAAACCCUCCUCCCUCUGAGGGGAAGAAAAGCAAACGGAGCCCGGACACAGCUGGUCCAGAGAGCCCCCCUGAGCCUACCCCACAUGCUGGCGACAAGGACCCUGCUGGCAUCCUGUUGGGUCGGGUGGGUUCCUGGACCUACUGCCCCUGCCCCUGCCCUGGGCCAGGGGUGUACCAGCCCCCUGGCACACUGUCCCAGUCGCCCUUCCUGGGGCUGGGGCUGUGGAGGAAGAGUGCAGCCACACUGUCGGCGGAGGUGCCACACUUCUGCAAGGAGGCUGAUGGCAUGGGACAGAAACUCUACAGGCCUGUGGUUUUGAAACCCAUCCCCACCAAGCCUGCUGUACCCCCACCCAUCUUCAAUGUUUUCAGCUACCUUUAGCUGGGGGUGUUGGAGUCACGCUGAACACCACAGCUCCUGAGAGCGGAUUGAAAUGUCUGGUUGGGCACCAGGCAUGAGCUGCUGGCAGCGUGAAGCAGCAGGGGGAAGGAGGAUGGCAAUCAUACCCUCUUCCUCGUGGUCAGGCUGGAGUGAAUUAGUAACUGUUGGAAAGCUACUCAGGCUCCCCUCUCCUCUCAGUAUACAGGUGUAAACUGAGAAUAAGCCUUACAAAGCUGGUGGCAUGGAACAUGAGUCAAACCAGAGCUCUUUCAUCGACGGGCAUUGUCUGUGCUGCAGAGAGCAGGGCUGCGGGUCAUUCAUAGCCACGCUUGUAACACCUAGGAGACCUCCUCCAUGUGGGAAGAUCUUUCCAGGUUUGCCCUGCAGCAACAGCAGUGAAGUGAAAUGAAUUAAACCCAUUCAAUGAGUUUUUGUAUUUUAAAGUAAUUCCAGAGAAGUCAAGAUAUUCAGGUCACUGCCUUUUGCAUGCAAGACACUGGAAGGACGGUAUUUAAUGUAGAAACCAUACUUGUGAAUUGAUUUAAGCUCUUCUUGCAUGUAAAUACUGAGAGAAUUAAUAGAAAAAAUAUGGGAAGAAAGGAGGUAAUUUUAUUUUGGAGAUUCUGCUGAUGCAGUCUGUUUAUUUUUGCCCCACUGGGUAGGACACAGGUUUGAUUUGCAACUGGUGGGUAGAUAUGAGGGCUGAAAUCUCUGCCUAUUAGAGUGAUAUAAAUCAAAAGCAAUUUUUCUGGGGCUGGGAAAUUAGCUAGUGUUAAGCUGGUGCAAAUGGAAGCAGGAUGAAUUUUCACAUCAGGAUUUGUUCUGCAUCAACAGAACAAAUGAGAAAUUGCAUUAAUUGAUUACAAACCCAUAAAAUAUGAUAUGAAUAAAAAAGCAUAUAGAAUACACUGCUUUGAUUUCUGGCUCACAGAUGUCUUUUAUUUUGCCUGAUUUUACGAUACUGUCACAAGACCUAUCUACAAAUUAUUUGCCCAGUAAUUUCCAAAUUAUUUUAACAAGUUGGCAUUGAAGAAGAAGUUAAUAGGAGAUUUUUUUAAACUUAGAUUUCUCUUAAACUCUGGGGUAAGUGGAGCUAAGGCACAGAACAUGAGAUCUGAAAGGUUUAAUAUUGCAGCCUUAUGUAUUUAUUCAGUUAUACUGGGGUAAAUCACUGAGGUCAAGAGAAGUGUAUUGCAGGGCUGGGGGAGGGGAAGAAUGGACACCUGUGAUCUCCCAGGGC